AUGGGUUCGCAGCCGACGAGACGAGUGGGCUUGAGCUCUCGCAACGUGCCGCAGCCUCUGCUCAAGUCGAUUCCUGACCCUGUUCCUCACGACGAUGACGACGAUGACGAAGAUAUUACCGCACCGCCUCUCGCCUCUAGCGACCUUGAAAACAGCGACGACGAAGACGACGAGAAUGCCGAACCCGCAGAAACCAAAUCGGAACCCGACCAGCUCUUUGGCGACAGCUCGGAUACAGACGGUCCUGCCCGAGGCGCCAUCCCGUCCACAAUUUUCAAAUCUUUAGGCCGCGAAGGUGGAAGACAAGGCCGUCAAGCUACAGGUCGAGACACAAACACAGCGGAAGAAUCCGAGGAGGAAGCGCAGCCAGGGACGAGGAAGAGGAAGAGGAACCAUCUCACCGACGACCUCGGCUUCAUUAAGCAAGCCAAGUUGCCAAAACUCUUUAAAACUCCUGUUCCCCCGCUCCCUGGCCAUUCGGUUCGAAAAAGCUCCCAGUUCAUCGUGGCCAGUAGCCCUGAGCCUUCUCCCAUCAGACGUCCCAGACGCUUAAUAGAAGUCCCGCCCGAGAACAACUUUGACACCGAAGACGAUGCCGAUGCCCCGGCAUUCAGCUUCGAAUCCAUCCCAGAGGAAGUCGACUUUUCUCCCAAGCUCGCUUCAAGAUUCAAGAGAAAACCCAACCCCUUACUUUCUAGAAAAAAGCCGAUAGGGGGGAGGAAGAAGGAGGGGGAGAAGGAGGAAGAGGAAGAGGAAGAGCCAAAGCUAAACAGCAGCAGCCUCAGCUCCCUCGGCUCCGUCUUCUCCAACAAGAGCAGCGAAAAGGACACCAGCGCACCAUGCCCCUGGUGCGGCGCAACCGUCGACUCCAAGCAACUCGCCGACUUCUCAAAGGGCAAGCGCCUCAACGUGGAACGACAGCAACGGUUCUGCACCUCGCACAAGCAGAAGUCGGCCAUAGCAACCUGGGAAUCCAACUCGUACCCGCAAGUCGAAUGGGCCACGCUCGAAGCCCGCUUCGCCAAGCACCGCGACCACCUCCUCGCCAUCAUCAACGGCGAGGCCUCGCACUACCGCACCGCCCUCGCGGACAAGGUCGCGCUCGGCCAGGAGCGCACCGCCAAGAAGCAGGGCAACAUGAUACCCGGCUACUACGGCCCGCGCGGCUUCAACGUCAUGACGGACUACCUCGUCCGCGAGUUCAGCGACAUGCUCAUGAAGAAGGCCGCCCGCGACAAAGUCAUCGCCGGGAGGGGCGUGCCCAUGUUCAUCGAGUCGGUGCUGGUGGCGGAGCUGGGCGUGCAGCUCAUCAUGGAGGACAUGAGCGUCUCGCCGGAAAAGGCCAGGCGGAUCCUCGAAGAGAGCAAGGACCUGGGAGGUUUGGUGCAUCCGGAGGUGCGUUGA